UUCUUCCCCUCGUCCCCACCCCCUCGUUGUUUCCUUAUUUUUCUCGUUUCAACGUGCUUCUUCGCUAUUUUUUAUGGGAAAUUCCUGAAUAACCUAAUCAAAAAGAUGGGUUUGGUCCCUUUUCUUCUUCUCUCUUUUGUUUCGUUCUUAUACGUCUCGCUUUCCUUACUUGCUCUUGCAAUAGAUAUUAUACCCGCCAAAAAAUAAUGAACAAUAAAAGAGAACGAUAUACCAUCAGCAGAGACCGCAUGGCAGAUUUACGAGCGGCCGCAGGUUCGACUGACAGCACAGAAGCAUUUGGACCUCGACGUAAUACUAGCAGCAACACUAAUGCUACUCGACCAUCGCCAAGGGCAGAGCAACGAACAGCAUCACCACCACCAUCGUCACGUCAAUACGCAUCUGCUCGGCGCUCCACAACAACUCAGGAUGAAAAAGUUCAAGUCGCGGACCUGCAAUCCAUGGAUGGGUUUCUUGAGGAGGUUGAUUCCAUUACAGCAGCUAUCCGUGAAGUGAACCAUAGCAUCGACGGUAUCGGACGAUUACACGAUGCAUCACUUGACAAUUUCUCAAGUCGUCAUGCCAAGCAGUUAGACUCGGGGAUUGACGAUAUUUCACGACAAAACCAAGAAAUUAAGCAAAGGAUAAAAACAUUGGCUGGAUAUUGUGAUUUGGGAUCAGAAGCAAGAAUUCGACAAACACAAGCCGACCGCGUUCGCCAGGAGUUCGUUCAUCUAAUACAGCGGUUCCAAGAUAUGGAACGUGGAUAUGCAAAAAAAUAUCGCCAACGAGUAGAGCGUCAGAUACGAAUUGUAAAACCCGAUGCCACCGAGGGUGAAAUCGACCAGAUUAUCGAUUCAGAUCAGCAGAAUCAAGUUUUUGCCCAAAGUCUGAUGAACUCUAACCGUAACGGCCAAGCAAAUGCUGUUCUCUCUGAAGUACAAACACGAAAUGACGAUAUCAAAAAAAUCGAACGCGUUCUUUUGGAUCUCCAUCAAUUAUUUGAAGACAUGCAGACAAUUAUUGAGCAACAAGGUCAGACAUUGGACCGGAUCGAGGAUCACACGACCACAGCAGCAGACGACAUUGAAAAAGGUGUAAAGCAUGUUGAUCAAGCUAUCAAAAUCGCCAAAAGAACGCGAGCAAAAAAGUGGUGCUGCUUCUUUAUCUUUCUCGUACUGAUUAUUGUCGCUGCAUUUCUCAUCUGGUGGUUUGGAUUUAAUCACAAGGGCGUUGGAGACAAUCCAUAAAAUUUGUAUUAAUCCCUCCGUUGAUCUUAUUAUACACAUAUUUAAUCUACUAUUUUCUUAAUUAUCCGGUUACAACAAUGGCGUCCCUUUUAAUAAUCUGGUUUACAGUUAGCAGUAGUAAUUCUUUUAAAAAUAUUAUCCGUCUGUGCACGAUUAAUAUGGACCAGCACAGCUUUCGUUUCGAAAAGAUUCUAUAUUCUCCAGAACUAGCAUUACUAUUAUCAGAGACUAAUCUAAUAACAAUUAUUAAUUACCAUCACUUAAUAUUUAG